AUGAACACUCAAAAAAACACUAGCAGCGGAGGUGGGGGCAAUUUUGGUGAUGGAAGGAGAGGGCCUGGUGGUGAGCGUAAUCAUAAUCCCGGUCGAUAUGGCGCUGGGAAAGGUGGGGGCGGCGCACAACAGGGUGGGGGUCCCAGCACUGCGCGAAGGAGGCCACCAGGACAAGGGGCCAGUAGCGACAAUGUCCUUUAUAAUCCAGGGCCAGCUAUUGUCGACAAACGCCUCGAAACAAUCGACCAACUUGUCUCUUCAUUCAAACAGCUCUCGGUCGUCCCCAAACCAGAGCGUCCGCACAGGCCAGGAUAUGGGACUCUCGGGAGCGAAACCAUCGUCCGUGCCAAUUUCUUCCCUGUCAGAGUCCCGAUCGGUGUGUUCUACGACUACCGCGUCGAAAUUGAGCCUAGCAUCAAGAAGGAGGAGGCAAGCGUGAAAGAGAGGAUAUUUUGGUUGUUGGAGCAGUGUGCGGAAUGGCAAGAAUUCAAACCAUUCGUCGCACAUGAUAGCAGUGAAAGGAUGGUUUCGGCGAAGCUACUGCCCCAGCCACUUGAUGUGCGCUUUAAAUAUUUCAGAGAAGGCGAGAGCGAGCCUCCGCUUGCCUCGAAUGCGCAAGAGUGCACAGUCUCGGUCGUCUAUGUUCGAGAACUUGACACUAAAGAAGAAUACCUCGAGUGCAAUCCUGCAUCUCGUGACUACGACACAGGGCCCCUUAUAUCUGGCCUUAACUUGAUACUUCAGCAACACGCUUCUCGAACUGGUGUUCGUGUGGGGAAGAACCGAUAUUUCUUCAAGUCCACAGACCCUCGAGACAAGAUAACGUUAAGCACUCAUAUAGAAGCCUGGUUGGGAUUCUACGUAUCCGUCCGACCCGUUUACAAGCAACUCAUGGUCAACGUCAAUGUGUGCAUGACCGCGUUCUAUAAGCCAUGCAACUUGGCAACUGCGAUGUUGCAGUUUGGUAACAAGUCCAAGGGCGCUAUGGCAAAAACGCUGCCACAAAGGCUUAGAGUUACGAUGAGGUAUAGGGGUUAUAAGAUGAGGAAGAAUGUGUAUGAGAUAAAGAGUACCUCGGCAAAUCAGACUUUCUUUCAUCACGAGAAGUAUGGCAGGAUUUCUGUUAAGAAUUAUAUCGAGAAAGAAUACAACAUUACGCUCGAGCAUCCAGAUGAUGUGCCUGUUGUUGACAUCGGAAAUGAAAAGAAGUCGAUUUACGUACCUGCAGAACUCUGUGAAAUUGAAGAUGGAGAACCCUACAGAGGUCAACUUAACACUAUGGAGACGCAAAACAUGAUUCGUUAUGCAUGCAAACGUCCCGCCGACAAUGCCAGAAUCAUUGUUAACCAAGGCUUACAAACUCUCGCCUUAACGCAAGAUAAGAUAAACGACCCUAUGAGCUCGUUUGGUAUUUCUGUCAGCGACCAGAUGGCAGUUAUUCCUGCACGAGAGCUUCCACCUCCCAAAGUGUACUACAAAAGUGGGAAACCUCCGAAUGUGACAGGAGGGAGCUGGAAUAUACUAGAAGUCACUUUCCAGAAAGGAAGUGUUGUCAAGAGCUGGAGUGUCCUUGUCGUUCGUGAUGGGUUCAGUAACUGGAACGAGAACGAGGUACGGCGGAUAUGGAUGGGAUUCAGGGACAAGUGCAGGAAAAGUGGGAUGACGAUGCCGGAUCAACCGAAGGUGCUGUUCACAAACCCAUUGGUACCCGAAUUCAAGGACGCCGCGAGAGCGACGGCUUUGGACCAGGUUCGCCAAACUAUCAAUGAGAAUGUAGAACCUGGGGACCAAAGUUUCAUACUCGUCCUCCUUCAAAAGCAUGAUCACCACAUCUACCCAGGAAUCAAGCGUAUCUGCGACGUCGAGCUUGGCAUACACACCAUCCAUAUGCUGCUCACACAGAAGGUCUUCGGUCCGGGGGGACGUCUGGACCAAUAUUUUUCUAAUGUUGCGCUUAAAUUGAAUACAAAGCUGGGAGGGGCGAACCAUCGGCUGGACCCCGAUAGCAUGAAGUGGCUCACGCAAGAGAAAACAAUGGUUGUCGGAAUGGAUGUCACACAUCCAGGACCUGCCAGCAGAAAGGGAACGCCGUCGAUUGCAGCUGUGGUAGCGAGUGUCGAUGAUAGUUUUGUGCAAUUCCCGGCUAGCAUGCGAAUUCAGGAGGGCAGAAAGGAGGCGAGUAACAUGAUCACUGAUCUCGCAGAGAUGAUGGAAGAGCGCCUUAAACUCUGGCAGGAGAAAAACCGUAUUCUCCCAGCUAGGGUCUAUGUCUUCCGCGAUGGUGUAUCAGAGGGGCAAUUCGAUUCAGUGCUUACAAAGGAGUUACCUUUAAUCCUCGAUUCCUUUAGGGGAAUGAGCAACAGUUCUAAGAAAUAUAGACCAAAGCUCACCAUUGUCAUCUGUGGAAAACGUCACCAUGCGCGGUUCUUCCCCAUAGAAUCAAACUCUGCAGACAAGAAUGGUAACACGCGACCUGGAACAGUCGUGGAUAAAGGUGUUACCACUGUAUUCGACUAUGAUUUUUACCUACAGGCCCACGCUGGUUUACAAGGCACUGCCAAACCCACGCAUUAUACCGUCAUAUACGACGAGAAUGCUCUUGACGCCGACAAUAUACAGCAAGGGACGCAUACAACUAGUUACUUAUACGCACGCGCGACCAAGGCUGUCAGUCUGGUACCUGCGGCCUAUUAUGCUGACCUUGCGUGUGAGAGAGGACGGUACUAUAUCAACGAUUUCUUGAAUGCAGGACCAAACAAAUUGUCUGAGUCUGAGGCAGGGGGAGGAAAGGGAAAGGGAAAGGGAAAGAAAAAAGGGAAAGAAAAAGGAAAUGAUAACGCAGGCAAGGAGGAGAAAGAACGUGUGUUCAAUGCUGCGAAAGAGAUGUGGGGCGCAGGUGUUCAUGCGAAGUUGAAAGAUAGCAUGUUUUACAUCUAGACGUACCUCGUCGUCUUGGCAGCUGUAUCAAAUCCCACGGAAAUAAUCAUUAUGUAUGAAUCUUUGUAACGAAGUAUGAGAU